AUGACGGUGCCCGCUUACCGUCAGAUGUCGGAGAAGUUCCACAAGGACUCGGGUGCGCUGAUCAACAUCGGCCUCAACGAGAUGCAGAUCGCCCCUAUUGAGGGUCUCUCGCAGCACAAGCAGAAGGAUUUCCCGCCGUCGCCGACGUUUAACCUUCUGAACGGAUGCCGUGGCACUGUGUACGAGGAGGGCAGCGAGGUCACCACUCUUGAGCCGGGCAAGGAGUUCGACGUCAAGUGGACGAUCCAGGCCCCGCACCCGGGUUUCAUGAAGCUGAGCAUCCUCAAGCCUAGCAAGGACUCGAAGGGCACGAUCACGUACAAGAGCUACAAGCAGCUUCUGAACAUCGACCCGUUCGCUGGGAACGGCGGGGACGGCCGGACAGUAGAGUGCUAG